AUGCAGAGUCAGAUGUCUUUGAUCUUCAUUGCAGUUGGUAUAGCAGCUGCACUUCUGCUUGUUCUUGUAGCGGCGAUUGUCUUCUGGAAACGCAAAAAGGAUAACAUUCCUUCCGAUGGAAACCAGCCUGUAGUUCACUACACACGGACUGGACCCGACAGGCCCACGGCGUCUGUGAGUCCUGUCUUGAGCACAGUCGUGGGACCAUCAGAUGCGGGAAAUAUCUACGAAGAAAAUACGUUGCUUCCGAGUAGCCAGUCGCCUCCUGCUGCCACACCGCCCUCUAGCAGUGGCAUUCAAGCAACAAGGAACUUCCGACGUUACAAUCCCGGCAAUAGGGCAGUGGAGACUGUUGUCCUCCCUGGUCUCCCGGUGCAGCAAAGCGAUAUGCCGACUACCAGCAACCAACAACCCGGCACCAUUAUUUCUAAGGAAGUCCUCAUGUACGCAGACGUCCAUCACACCAAGACACACCCAUUGGACGUCCCGCCCAUCCGCACAGAGCCUCCCACCCAGUACGCAGACAUCGACAACUUCCUGAUAUCAACUCCUGUCGAGACUCCGCCUCUUUUCAGAGACGACGCCCCCAGCUUUGGUGUAGAGGGGCACAGUGUGGAUGAUUUGGAGGAAGAAGGCAAAGAAGAGAGAGCUCCGCCCCGCCCCCUUCGGGGUUACCCGAUCCCUUAUCUGGUACGGGAUUGGCAGAUGUAG